GUACCCGCCCACACGUCUCACUGUACGGAACUGAGCUGAAUUCACUUCAGUACACAUCAUUCAAUCUGUCAGAAAGAAACUCGAUUAAACAGUAAACAGAGUUCAUUAUUGAGAGUGAGGAUUAAACGCCUACGCCUUGACUUGAUGUGAAUCUCAACAUAAGAGUCAAAUCACUGCAGCAGCUGAAUCAUUAUUGGGUGCUGUUAGUACAUGAUCAUCUCUGAUGCACCUGUGACCAGCUGACUACUUCCUCUUCUACUGACCCACAAUGAAAGCUCUGAUUCUAGUUGGUGGUUAUGGCACGAGGUUACGACCUCUCACCCUUACCGUGCCCAAACCGCUGGUGGAGUUCUGCAAUAAACCCAUCCUGCUGCAUCAGGUGGAGGCUUUAGUCAAGGCUGGAGUUCAUCAUGUGAUUCUUGCGGUGAGCUAUAUGUCUGAGUUGCUGGAGCGAGAGAUGAGAGCUCAGGAGAAAAGACUUGGAAUUAAAAUCUCCCUUUCACAUGAGAAGGAACCUCUUGGCACUGCUGGUCCUCUGGCUUUGGCCCACGAGCUGCUGACCGACAGCGAGGAACCUUUCUUCGUCCUCAACAGUGACGUCAUCUGUGAUUUCCCCUUUGAAGACAUGCUUAAGUUCCACCAGCAGCAUGGCAAAGAGGGCACCAUUGUUGUGACUAAAGUGGAAGAGCCGUCUAAGUAUGGUGUGGUAGUUUAUGAAGGGGACACUGGACGGAUACAUCGCUUUGUAGAGAAACCUCAAGUGUUUGUCUCCAACAAAAUCAAUGCAGGGAUGUACAUCUUCAGUCCUGCCAUGCUCAGAAGAAUCCAGUUGCGACCCACCUCCAUAGAGAAGGAGAUCUUUCCUGUGAUGGCAGAGGAGGGACACCUGUAUGCCAUGGAGCUGCAAGGGUUCUGGAUGGACAUCGGUCAGCCGAAAGACUUCCUGACGGGCAUGUGCAUGUAUCUACAGUCCGUACGGCAGCAGGCACCUGAGAGACUCCGCUCUGGACCGGGUUUCCUUGGAAACGUCCUUGUGGACACUACAGCAGUGAUUGGGGAGAACUGUACCAUUGGGCCGAAUGUGACAAUUGGUGCUGGGGUCGUUCUGGAGGACGGGGUGAGAAUAAAGCGCUGUACCGUCCUGAAGGGGGCGCACAUUCGCUCUCAUUCCUGGCUGGAGUCAUGCAUUGUGGGGUGGAGCUCGUCAGUGGGUCAGUGGGUGAGUUUCACACUUCCACAAAAGAGCGCAACAGUACGAAUGGAGAACGUCUCAGUUCUGGGUGAAGAUGUGAUAGUCAGUGAUGAACUCUACAUCAACGGUGCCAAUGUUCUGCCUCACAAGUCCAUCACAGACUCUGUUCCUGAACCUCGGAUCAUCAUGUGAUACGGCCUCGCACACCUUCACCAAGUGCCCCAGUGUGUGUUUGAGUUUAACGCUCGGUGACAAAGAAAAUCAGCUGCUUAAAGCCUGAUGGGAAUGAGAUGGCUGGAGUAUUUGAAGUUUGCAGUUACUGAUUGUGGUGUUUAAACUGUUAGAUGGGUAUAUUGUCUGCAGGUGAAGAUCACACAAUCUGGACAGGUCGAGUGCCGUUUCUCCCUUCUAAAUAUAUGCAAUGUGUUCUUAUACUGAUAAUAACAUUCGGUGGCACAAGACAAAUGUUAUUUCCCUUGUAUUUGUCAUUUUGUUUUUGUUCAGGUUUAACCUGCUUUUUGUACAUUUUGUUUAUGUUGAGACACCACUAGACUGCCCAGUGAGUAUGUUUCUUUCUUUUAUCAUUUCAGUAUGUUUUUCUUUCUUUUGCAGAAGUGUAAUGCUUUCAGGAUGAAACUGUAAAGAAACAGUUCACCCAAAUAUAAAAAUACUGUCAUCCGCCUAAAUUCGGUCUGUUCCUCACACAAUCACUAUUGUAUGGCUUCAGAAAGCUUGGAAUAUAGUGCACAAGUUUCACUUUUUAUGAUGCUUUUUUUUUUCUCAUUUUGGAGCUUGACAGCCCCAGUCCUCGUUCACUUCCAUUAUAUGGAAGAGUGGCCAAGAGCUUCUCUAAAAAUGCCACUUUUGAGUCCAUAUUGCUUUGGAAUGAUUGAGGCUGAGUAAAUAAUGAACAUUUUCAGGUGAACUAUCUCUUUAAAUGACGUGACCAUAGAAUGAGUGAAAUAUAUUCUUAUGCAUCAUACCCAUGAUGCAUCAGCAGAUCAAACCAUGUACACACUACACCUCAAAAGAGUAACUAACUGUAGUAUGUACUAUAUUAUUCAAUUGAUUUUUUGUUCAUGCAUAACCUUUAGAUGAAAAUGGCAGUGUGUAGAAAUGUAAGGAAUACUCACUGUGCAGAUUAACAAAGGUGGUAACAAACAUUGAUGACGUCUCUGUACCCAAAUAGUAGUCUUUUCUAUAAAAGUAAUGUAAACCAAUGAAACCA